UGAACAUGAACAUCGUCUUUCCUAGCCUUUUCCUUUUACUGAUCCAUGCAAAUCCAUGUUCAUCUGUCCCACCAAACAAAUUCGUACUUCUUUGAGGCUGUCUUGGCUCUGACUCCCUUUCUCCGGUCCGUGGUACAUUUUUGGCAUCCUAAGCACAAUUCUAAGCGCUAAUUCAAAUGCCCUCAUCGCUUGCGCUUGCUGUUAUCAAUAUUCAUUCUAGCUACCCAAACAAGCUCCUAAGUUUAUUCCUGAAUUCAUGCCUCCUUGAUCUGUUUCUACUCAUGGGCUUCUGAGCCAACAGAAGCUUUGAUCAUCACUUAGUUAUCUCUUUACAUUACUGCCCCUCUCCCCACCGUCUGCUCCAUAGCCCCGCUCCAGAACGACGAGGAAUCAUGUCUGAAAACACCUAUCAAGCCGAUGCCGCCAUUGUAGAUGACGAGAGCGACGGGAAGACAGAUGCGGCGCAACAUCCCGCCGGAAGACCGCGCAUCAUGACGACGAGUACGGCCGAGAUCGAUAGUACCAUAAUACAUCCCGGCUCUGUUCGCAUCAAUGUCAAAGGCGCAUUCAUCGUCGAUACACCUGAACAGCCUGGUACUCCCGCCAAUGUGUCUGGGUCUGGUGGCAAUAGUUAUUACGAGACAAAAGAUAUUCGCCUUCCUAACCAUACGGCUGUUGUCAGCCAUAUCGCUGUUGAUAUCGGUGGCUCGCUAGCUAAGCUGGUCUAUUUCUCCUGCGAAGCGCAUUCGACUGAUCCCGGCGGCCGGCUAAAUUUCCAAUCUUUCGAGACGGAUCGCAUCGACGACUGUAUUGAGCUUAUGCGACAUCUACAAGACAAGCAACUUGCCCUCAACGGCUCUAAGCCCGGUGAAUUAUGUGUAAUGGCGACGGGAGGCGGUGCUUACAAGUACUAUGACAGAAUCCGACAACGGCUUGGUGUUGACGUCCUACGAGAAGAUGAAAUGGAAUGUUUAAUUAUUGGUCUCGAUUUCUUUAUAACCGAAAUACCACGCGAGGUCUUUACAUAUUCCGAGACGGAUCCUAUGCACUUCGCCGAGCCUAACGCUAAUAUUUACCCAUAUAUGCUCGUAAAUAUAGGGUCUGGCGUUAGCAUCCUUAAGGUAUCCGGCCCGCGAGCCUACGAGCGCGUAGGCGGCACGUCCCUUGGUGGGGGUACCCUUUGGGGGAUUCUGUCGCUUCUUACACCCGCCGAGUCUUUCGACGAGAUGCUGGAUAUGGCCGCGCACGGCGACAAUGCUAAAGUAGAUAUGCUAGUUGGCGAUAUCUAUGGCACCGAUUAUGGUAAAAUUGGGUUGAAAAGCACCACAAUCGCUAGUUCAUUCGGUAAAGUCUUCCGCAUGAAGCGAGAAGCAGAAAAUGAGGCCGAGGAUAUGGGUGGUCUUUCAAACGGUGAUGACCAAAACCGACGACAGCAGCAGAAGAGCUCAGAACAGAAUUCUUCAACAACAAGCUGUUCGCAAACACAACAACAGCGUCCUACAUCCUCUCGAGCAAGCGAAUUAGCAUUGUCACGUUUCUCUAGUGCUGAUAUUUCGCGAUCCUUGUUAUACGCUAUCAGUAAUAACAUUGGGCAGAUCGCAUACCUGCAGUCGCAAGUACACGACCUGUCGCACAUAUACUUUGGCGGGUCUUUCAUCCGUGGCCACCCGCAAACUAUGAACACGCUGAGCUACGCUAUAAAAUUCUGGAGUAAAGGCCAGAAGCAAGCGUACUUCCUGCGGCACGAGGGAUAUCUAGGUGCCGUAGGCGCAUUUCUUAAACACCAGCCCCGAAACUGGGGCCGAAGAGGAAGUCUCGAAAAGGGUGAGGGACUAGAAGCACGGAUAAGUGGACGUGCGGAGGAGAACGCUAUAUGACGGGGCGCCGUACAUUCAUGCGGAAUGUUCAUAUGAUGAUAAUUUUAAUCGUGGCCAGUGAAAGAGCAAAAGGAGAGCCGAGCGAUUUGCGCUGGAGUUCCUGAGUUGGGUCAUAGACGGCACUAGAGGAUAUCAGCAUCGCCACGAGCCGCCAACUCAUCGCAUACACUUGUAUUCUUUACAUUAGGUACCUAUGUUGAGGGUAUCAUGCCAUAGCUAUAGUAUGGGGUAAUGUUUUCUUUACAUGUAACAAGUUACUAUCAGGAUACACAUUCGCAUACGUGGAAACAUGUUGGCGCGAGAAUCAAUUAGACUACUGAACAAUUCAUUACCCAUCA